UUUCUUAUACAGAAGACCGAAACAUUAUUUGCUGUCAUCUAGACGAUUACAGUCCAACGUAAAGGACGUUCUGCACAAGACAUAUACGAGAAGACGAAGUUUAAGAACUGUGAAAUUAAUUUAAAUCAAAGGAAAAUUAUCCUAAAAUCAUAAUGACAACACCAACGCACGAAUUCAAGGUGGAAAUGACCUGCACCGGUUGUUCGGGGGCGGUGGAACGCGUGCUUGGGAAGCUAAAAGAAAAAGUCGAAAAGGUAGACAUUGAUUUGGAAAACAAGAAGGUAUUUGUCACCUCGAUGCUCUCUUCUGAUGAGCUGUUGGAAACAAUCAAGAAGACAGGCAAAGAAACGAGCUACGUUGGACUGAAAGCCUAGGAAUAACCAGCGGCAAGAUGCAAUUCAGGGAUGUUCUCAACUUACAUUUCCUUUGAGAGUACUAUUCAAUUUGAUAUUUUGCGACAACGAGAGGAAUGAGUCCAGUUUAUUUUUACGUUACGAAUAGGUAGCAGCGCAAACGCAAAUUGGGCAGGCAUAUUGUGUAACUAUGUGCUAAUUUCAUCCGAACGAAUGAACCAGCAAGAAAUGGUUAUUAAUAUAUAGUAAAUGCGACAGGGUUUAUGUGUUGUGACUGGUUUCUAUUAGACCUUUGAUUGCUACUAAAAUAAAUUCGUUCAAUACUAUGCACAAUUAAAAAAUAAA